CUGUGGUCUCGUCCGCCCCCGCUGCCAUGUUGGAUUGUGCGGCCGCCACCGCCGCCGCCGCCGCCGCCGAAGGAGGGUUGGAGGAGGAGUUGGGAGUUUAGCGCAGUCGCCGGAGUACGAAGACAACGACCAUCCGGCCAGAGACUAACCGGGCGGGAGCAGGGAGCUUCCCUUUCUCUGCGCGGCCCGUCGUUGGCUCCUCCUUCCCGUGGCCUCCUCCUCCCCGCGCCCGAGGAGCUGCGAGAUGCUGCGCCUCUGAUUCCCCUCCUCCCACCCCUGUCACCGAGAGGGGAAAGAGCGCUCGCCUACUCGCCGGAGACGGCCCUGGACUCGCAACUCCGCCGGCGAAACCAUGAGCUCCGGCCAGCAGCAGCCGCCGCCACCGCGGAGGGUCACCAAUGUGGGGUCCUUGCUGCUCACCCCGCAGGAGAAUGAGUCUCUCUUCACCUUCCUCGGCAAGAAAUGUGUGACUAUGUCUUCAGCAGUGGUACAGUUAUAUGCAGCAGAUCGUAACUGUAUGUGGUCAAAGAAGUGCAGCGGUGUCGCUUGUCUUGUUAAGGACAAUCCACAGAGAUCUUAUUUUUUAAGAAUAUUUGAUAUUAAGGAUGGGAAACUAUUGUGGGAACAAGAGCUAUACAAUAACUUUGUAUAUAAUAGUCCUAGAGGAUAUUUUCAUACCUUUGCUGGAGAUACUUGUCAAGUUGCUCUUAAUUUUGCCAAUGAAGAAGAAGCAAAAAAAUUCCGAAAAGCAGUUACAGACUUAUUGGGCCGGCGACAAAGGAAAUCUGAAAAGAGACGAGACCCCCCAAAUGGUCCUAAUCUACCCAUGGCAACAGUUGACAUAAAAAAUCCAGAAAUCACAACCAAUAGAUUUUAUGGUCCACAAGUCAACAAUAUCUCCCAUACCAAAGAAAAGAAAAAAGGAAAAGCUAAAAAGAAGAGAUUAACCAAGGCAGAUAUUGGAACACCAAGCAAUUUCCAGCACAUUGGACAUGUUGGUUGGGAUCCGAAUACUGGCUUUGAUCUGAAUAAUUUGGAUCCAGAAUUGAAGAAUCUUUUUGAUAUGUGUGGAAUCUCAGAGGCACAACUUAAAGACCGAGAAACAUCAAAAGUUAUAUAUGACUUCAUUGAAAAAACAGGAGGUGUAGAAGCUGUUAAAAAUGAACUAAGAAGGCAAGCACCACCUCCUCCACCACCAUCUAGGGGAGGGCCGCCUCCCCCUCCGCCCCCUCCGCAUAGCUCAGGCCCUCCCCCCCCUCCUGCCAGGGGGAGAGGCGCGCCUCCUCCACCACCGUCUAGAGCUCCCACAGCUGCACCUCCACCACCGCCUCCAUCCAGGCCAGGUGUAGGAGUUCCUCCACCGCCGCCAAAUAGGAUGUACCCUCCUCCACCUCCAGCCCUGCCCUCUUCAGCACCGGCAGGGCCUCCGCCACCACCUCCGCCUCUGUCGUUGGCGGGGUCAGCAGCACCGCCCCCGCCCCCACCCCCACCCCCUCCACCGGGGCCACCACCUCCCCCUGGCCUCCCUUCUGAUGGUGACCAUCAAGUUCCAACUCCUGCAGGAAACAAAGCAGCUCUUUUAGAUCAAAUUAGAGAGGGUGCUCAGCUAAAAAAAGUGGAACAAAACAGUCGACCGGUAUCCUGCUCUGGAAGGGAUGCACUUUUAGACCAGAUACGACAGGGUAUUCAGCUGAAAUCUGUAUCCGAUGGCCAAGAGUCUACACCACCAACACCUGCACCCACUUCAGGAAUUGUGGGUGCAUUAAUGGAAGUGAUGCAGAAAAGGAGCAAAGCCAUUCAUUCUUCAGAUGAAGAUGAGGAUGAAGAUGACGAAGAAGAUUUUGAGGAUGAUGAUGAAUGGGAAGACUGAUCUAUAUAUUAUAUAUAUAUAUAUUUUUAAGGUGAAAUACUAAACACUACUUUCUGUCUAUGGAUUCUGUAAAAUUAUCAUGUAAAUGUUCUACCAAUUUGCUGUAUAUUUUUGUUGCCUUUUUUGCUUUUUUUUUAUUAAUCUGUGCAAUACCUCAUUUAAUCUGUAAAGGUUUGUCAAAAUCCUCUACAAAGCUACUCCCUGUUAUUGUGUGCAAGUUUACACCAGGAUGCUCACUUAAUUUGUGAAUAUUUUUCAUUCCAUCAACAAGGGAGUUUAAAUAUUAUUUGUGAGACUGACAAAAACCUUAAUGUAAUUUAGUUAUAAUGCCAGAAGGAAAAACACUAUUUUCAUACCCUACUUUUUCUGUACCUAAAUUUUCUUAUUAAAAUCUAGUGUAGCACUACAUUCUUUUUUAAGUGAUACAGACCUUAGUUUAUUUAGCCCCUUCAUUUUGAACACCAUGCUACAUGAAUGUUGAAGCUGACACAUUGCACAGUUCUCUAGACAUCACUACACUGAUGCAUUUUCUCAAGUUGUAGCGGUAUGCUCUGCAUAAUGUCACUACAGAGACGCUAGUUGGGAAAAUCAGUAACACACCUCUUAGAACAAUAUUGCCUGUUCUUGUACAGAAGUGGUAUUUGGAGGCUGGAAUCAUAAGGAGACCUUGCAUACCUGUACUUGUCUGAGAUUAUUUUUAUGCUAUAGCAAAUGUGUCAGGCUCUUUUUAGCAAAAAUUGAAAAAUAUUUUUGGUAUUACUCUUAAACAGUUUAAGUUUUUGCAGUUUGGGGGAUUCUAGGGCUAAUAUUCUACUUGAACUGAAGGAGGCUGUACAUUAUGGUUACUUCAGUAUCUGGUUAAAUACACUAUAAAAAUUAGAACAUUAUAAAAAUGAUGUGGAAUUAUUUUUAUUGUGUAGUCUGUGUGGAUUGAGGUAUUCAGAAAUACCAGCCAUACAAAUCGAAUCUAGCUGGCAAAGGUCAACGCUGUAAUGGUGAACCUAUUAACGCUAUUUAAAAUUUUUUUUAUAAUUUGUCAAGGUUUUUGUCAAAUGUCAGGUGAAGGGUUACAUUUUUCUUAAAAGAUUGGUGGUCCCAGUGUCAUAUUUCUUGAAACACAUAACUGAAUGAUAGAUUCUUUUUUUUAAAUAAAACUUUACAACCUGCACAUUUGUUAUGUAUACUAAAUGAUGUGUUAAAAUUAGGGUUUCCUUGCCUCUCUACAAUACACUAAUCUGCCUAAAGGUGGUUGUUUUCAUAUUUAUAGUGCUAAUUAUCAUACCUACCUACUUUAAAUUUUAGGUAGGAAAACGAUCUGAUUUAAAUACAGACACGUAUUUUUCUCACAUUGAGUCAUACGCAGAAUGUAGUUCCAAAUGUAUUUCAGUACUAUAAUCACAGUAUCCAACUAAAAAUUAAGCUCUCUAGAAUUGUACCGACCAAAAUCUAGUAUUUGGCAUGAUCUUGACAGGCUGGACCUGCAAGAUAUGGCUUGAAUUUUAACCAGUUAUCAUAUAAUCUCUAAUGAUCAUCUAGUUAUCAUAAAUAAUUUAAAAGGUUUUGUUGCUGAAAGCAGUAAGUGGUGCAGUAAGAUAGUUAAGUUAUUCAAAGAAUGUUACCUUUCUUGCAAGAGUAAUUUAAAUACAUGGGAAAGAUUCUAGACUUUUUGUUUCUUGCAAAAACAGUGCCCUCUGCUGCUAGAAACCUUUUUCUGCUUACUCUCAUUUUUAUCGUGGCUUGAGCUCAGUGACAGAGUCUGGUGUGGAUGAGGCUGGACAACUACUAACCAAUAGAGUUAGGAAUUUGUGCAAAUGGUAAAUAGAACAUUAUAAUUAUUUUAAGUAAUAUUAAGCAUCCUCCUUUUUUUUCAUUUGACAUUAUAAAAAACAUUUUGAAUAUCCUAGAAAUGUCUUUAAGGUAAUGCCAGUUUAAGAUCUCUGUUAUCUUUUGGCCAAGGAAUUCAGGGUUUUCCAGCUAACUUCGGUGUGAUAAAUAUUUAUCAGGAGCUGCUCUGAAUAAAAGGAUAUCAAUUCUUUGAGUUGGAAACAAUUUUAAACAUGUAAGAUGGGUAUAAAAUUUGCCAAAGGUAAUUGAGUUUAUUCUUCUUGAGGAAAAAAAGGCUUUCUGUUAUUGUUGUUGCACAAAGUCUAAAUUACUAUUGGUUGAAACACAGCAGCUGUGGAGUUCAGUCCAGGCAUAAAGACUAGAUCCACUGUAGAUGUAAAGGUUGCAUGUUUCGGUCCUCCACCACCUUGCACUGUGGGCAGCACUAUACCUGUGCGUUGUCUGAAAGCCUCCCAUAUAUUCUGCAGCUAAAUGAUUGUCUGAUAGCCUUCGCAUUUAACAAACUUAGCAUGAGGCUUUUUAUAUGCUACGUGAUAGACAAUUUCAGCUAGCCACAUAUUGUAUGUGUGAGAUUCAUAAAGACUUUUCAAUCAUUCAUUUCCAUUUAUCAACUGAAAUUUUGUUUAGUAUGUGAAUUUUUUUGAAAUGUAUAGUGAUAGGAUGUUGCACUGGUGGCAAUUCAUCAUGGAGCAUAAUAAAAUUAAUUUGACCCAAA